AUGGUAAAGACUAAUUCCAUGCUUGACUCUGGCGCCACUGGAAAGGGAUUUAUAGACGAGUCUUUUGCGCACCACAACAAAUUCACGUUUCACAAACUACGAAACCGUCGCCGGCUGAAUGUAGUCGAUGGAAGACCCUCCUCGGCAGGCGACAUCACUCACGUAGUAAAACUCAACAUGGAAAUCAAAGGACACAGAGAAAAAAUGUUACUUUACGUAACGAAGCUUGGGAAGUACAACAUCAUUCUCGGAAAACCCUGGCUGAGAGACCACAACCCAAAUAUCAACUGGAUUACCAAUACAGUUACUUUCAACUCUGAUCACUGCCGCAAAUACUGCAUGGAGAAGGGAUACUACCAACUGACAGUUUCCGGAACUCUCUCUUUGCAACCUCCAACAACCACAGCUAUAACUCCACGCCCAUCAAUGCCCCGAAGGGUCGGUGCAGCCGCAUUCCACACACUGGCCCAAAAGCGCAACGUCGAUGUAUUCUCACUGUCGCUGUAUGAGAUUGAUAAGAGACUGGCCGAACUUGGCGUUAUUACAGAAGCCUCCACGUUUGUAGAACCUAAAGCAGCACGAUAUGACGCUGCACUUACGGAUAUGCAAAAGAUGAACCAACAACUCCAGGCCCAUGACAGAAUCACACCCUCCGACGCCGGAUACCAACAGACCCAAGAAGUCCGAACCUCACAGAGACUAGCAGCCGAGAUGUACCUUUCGGGAGCUUCACUCGCGGAUAUUCACAAAGCUCUCGAGCCUAAGGCUUUGAUUGACCCUGCAACAAUAGUGCCCAAACACUAUCACGAAAACCUGAAAGUAUUCGAUCAAGCAGAGGCAGAUAAACUUCCCCCCCACCGAGACUGCGACCACGAAAUCAAACUCCAACCUGGCACAACCCCACCCCACGGACCUCUGUACGGGAUGUCGGAAGACGAACUCAUUGUCCUCCGGAAAUUUCUGCAGGAAAACCUCGACAAGGGUUUCAUACGUGCCAGCACAUCACCAGCAGCCUCCCCGGUGUUGUUCGCAAAGAAACCAGGAGGUGGCCUUCGCUUCUGCGUCGACUACCGGGCACUUAAUGCCAUCACCAUUAAGAACCGAUAUCCUCUACCCUUAAUUCAGGAGACCCUUUCGCAGUUAAGCCAAGCCAAAUACUUCACCAAACUCGAUGUCGUUGCAGCGUUCAAUCGGAUACGCAUCAAAGAGGGCCAAGAGUGGAUGACGGCGUUCAACACAAGAUACGGUCUCUUCGAGAGUUUAGUAGUGCCUUUCGGACUUUCAAACGCCCCAGCCACCUUCCAAGCUCGGAUCAACGAAGUAUUACGUCCAUUCUUGGACAGAUAUUGUACGGCCUAUAUCGACGACAUUCUCAUUUACUCAAACGACCUAGCCUCUCACAGAGUCCACGUCAAAUCAGUGUUACAAGCGCUUGAAGCCGCUGGCCUACAACUCGAUGUCAGGAAGUGCGAAUUCGAGACCACCGAAGUAAAAUAUCUAGGCAUGAUCAUCUCAACCACCGGCGUACGAAUGGACCCCGCAAAGGUCGACUGCCUCGUUAACUGGGAGACCCCUAUCAACGUGAAAGACGCCCAAGCCUUCUUGGGGUUCUCGAAUUUCUACAGACGAUUCAUCAAAGGAUUUUCACGCAUCGUACGACCGCUGGUUGCCCUGACAAAGAAGUUAGUCACAUGGAACUGGACCUCAUCGUGCCAAGGGGCGUUCGACACGCUCAAGAACAGCUUCACGUCAGCCCCAAUCCUCAGACACUUUGACCCCACAAAAGAGGUGUUUGUCGAAUGUGAUGCGUCCGAUUUCGUGUCCUCAGGUAUUCUCUCUCAAGAAGACGACCAAGGAGUACUGCACCCAGUGGCUUUCAUGUCCAAAAAAUACGACCCCGCCGAGUGCAAUUACGAGAUAUACGAUAAAGAACUCUUAGCCAUAGUACGCUGUUUCGAAUGCUGGAGACCCGAACUCCAAGGCGCACACCACCCGAUCACCGUCAUCACAGACCAUGCCAACCUUCGUUUCAAUUCGCCAUUAAGUCGGUACCAGGAAAAGACAACAGAAAACCCGACUCACUCACAAGAAGAUUACAAGACUUGCCAAAAGACGAAGAUGACGACCGCAUCCAAUGAACUGAAAAUUGACCCCGAGCUCUCAGAACUCUUUGCAAACCUGUCCUGGGAAGAGGAAAUCACACUUUGCCCCGCCCUUCUAGACGAAGUUGAACCAGAACCAAUCGACCACAAAAUCACGAGACUGCUUGACAAAGGCUACGAGGAUGAUGAAUGGUGGAUGAAAAUCAAGGACGAGAUGCUCAAGCCUCACGGCAUCCCACAUUCAAAGGAAGUGUCUCUGUCGGAAUGCAUGAUACACGACGGCCGGUUGUACUUUCGAGACAGAUUGUACGUCCCUGAGGGCGAGCUUCGCACUCUUCUGAUCCAGCUCGCCCAUGACAGCGUCGAGUCAGGUCACCCUGGGAAAAACAAGCUAUAUGAGCUCAUCUCACGCUCUUACUGGUGGCCGAAGCUGAGCGCCGACACGAAACAAUUUACUCGAAACUGCCAUGGGUGUCUUUGGAACAAGAACUCCCAGCUACGGUAUCAAGGUACACUGAAACCUCUUCCAAUUCCCCUGCAAAGAUGGAGGGAUCUGUCUGUCGACUUCAUCGGGCCAUUCCAGCCUACCACUCGUGGGUUCAACGCAAUUAUGGUCGUAGUCGACAGGCUGUCAAAAGACAGACACUUCACGCCCUGCAGAACCGACAUGAAAGCGCACGACCUAGCCAUGCUCUUCGUACGAGAUGUAUGGAAACUCCAUGGGUUACCAGAUUCAAUCGUGUCCGAUAGAGGACCACUGUUCAUUUCGGAAUUCUGGAAAGCAGUCUGCCACCGAUUACAGACCAACAUCAGCCUAUCUACAGCAUACCACCCCGAGACUGACGGCCAAACGGAAAAUGCCAACUCAUUCCUCGAACAAUACCUUCGCCAGUAUGUCAGCUUCGCGCAGGACGACUGGGAUGAGUGGCUGCCACUGGCCGAGUUCGCAGCCCGCAAUGUUGUCAGCGAUUCAACUGGCAUGUCCCCAUUUUUUGCGAAUACAGGCUACCACCCCCGAAUGAGUUUCGGCCCUCCGCGAGUAGUCCCAAAGCAAGCACCCAAAGACGUAGCAGACCGCUGCAAGGAGGGCAACAAUUUCGUUACCAAGAUGCAAGAGAUCACUGACCUACUGCGCACAAACCUGCUUUCAGCCCAAGCCUCACAAGAGAAAUUUGCCAACGCAAACAGGUCACCAGCACCAGCUUAUCGAGUGGGAGAUAUGGUUCUGCUUAGCACGCGAAACAUCAAUUCAGCCAGGCCCAACCCAAAACUCGACCACAAGUUCAUCGGCCCCUUUCGAAUAGAGCGCGUUCUUAGCUCCCAUACCUACCAGCUCAAAUUGCCACAUGAAUUAGCUUCAAUUCACAAUUCAUUCCACACCAACCUCCUACGACCAUCACCAAACGACCCACUCCCCGGGCAGCACAACCCUCCACCUCCUCCUAUAGCAUUAGAUGAGAGAGGAGAGAGGCUGUGGGCGAUCGACAAGAUACUGGACUCUAAACGUACAAAGGGUAAGGGCUUUAAAUACCACAUACUAUGGAGAGGUUUUGGUCGCGAGGAAGCGACAUGGGAACACUUACACAAUGUUGUCAACGCCCACAUAGCAAUCAAGGAGUUCGAGAAACGCUACAGAAACAAACCCAGACCCACAAGACGAGAAAUCCGAAGCGCCCGGCUCCAGGCGAAGCAAGACGUGGAGGAAACGUAUUUGAUGGAACAAAGGCAGUCAAAAGUAAGGGAGUAA